ACGUUGUAACCGUAAAUAACACAGGGACACACAAACCGUUUCAAGUACACGUGCAGACAUGAUUAACUUAAUCAAGAAAAAUUUUGCGAGAAAAUAUUUCAAGAAAUAUGUUAAAACGUCACAUUUUUCUCUUGUAAAUGAAAGACUUUCGAUUUCUUAGUAAGAAUGCCCGGAAUUUGCAGUAGUAAACAUGUUUCAAGGCCUAUACGCGAACAUUUUUGGCUACAGUGAUUGUUUGCGAAUAGAAAGGUAAAGGUGGGCGAGCAGUAAUAUAAAUGCGAGCAUGAAGCGCACUUGUGUACAACUUGCGAUGAGUGCAUAAGUGAUGUUGCUGUGCUCAGUCGUACAGUGUAAAGAUGUCUCUAAGCAAAAAUAUUCCUCGGUGCAGUCAGUGCAUCUGUAUGUCAAAAAGGUACACUGCCUGUUUUCUUCCAGACAAUACGCCACUCGUAACCCCAUUCAUGAAAGAUCUACAUCAGUUGACAAUGAAAAGCUGCUCGGAUCAGCCUCGAAGGACAUGCCCACAAAUCAUUGGAAACUGCUUAAUCAACUGAAGGAUUUUGUAACGAAGACACCCAUUAACAAAGGUUUAUUAUUUGUAUUGAAUAAUGAAUGGGCGAAAGUUCUUCAGAAGAUUCCAUCACUUCAAAAUCAGCUGAAGAAACAAGAUACGUCGACCAUAUCACAGAGUUUGCAGAAGGUUACCACCAAGGAAAGCAGUACUCAGGAAUUAGCAAAUGUUUUGGAGGGACCGAACAAAAAGCAAAAUGAAAUUCGAAUUACAGAUUCGUCACAAGAAGUGCUGCCAAAAUGGAAAUCAUUCAAUAAAGCAAUGUCAAAGCCAAGCCUGAGAUCUAGAACAAAACAUGUGAUUGCAUCAAUAAGCGCAGCCGAAAGUGAGCUAUCGAGACAUAAACGACUCGAAGAUUUGACAAACCAUUUAAAUCAGUACCCAGAGGCCAAGCAUCUAGUUAUAAAGGAAGGAGGUAUUGGAACCCUGUUACGUCUUCGUGCACAAACUAGAGAUGAAAACACGCUUGCCACAGUUCGUGAAGCUCUUUCAAUUUUGGGCUAUGUCGAUCCACCACCUGGUCGAGGAAUCAGGAUUUUAUCAAUUGACGGUGGAGGUAUAAGAGGUGUUGUUGUGAUAGAGAUGCUCAAGAAACUAGAAGAACUUACUGGGAAAAGUGUAUAUGAAUUGUUUGACUUCGUCUGUGGUGUCAGUACAGGUGCUAUACUAGCUUGUGUUGUUGGUGCCCAAAGAAAACCAUUAGAUGAAGUGUCCACACUUUAUAAAGAGCUAAGUACAGAAAUCUUUACUCAAAAUCCUAUUUGGGGAACCAGCAGCUUAGUAUGGUCUCACUCCUAUUACAGUACUGAGUUGUGGGAGAAACUGCUGAAAAAUUAUAUUGGAGAUACACAGCUUAUAAAGACCUCAAGAAGUCCCAAUUGUCCAAAGAUUGCUGUCGUCUCUGCUAUUGUUAAUCAACCACGAGUACAAGCCUUUAUAUUUAGAAAUUAUUCUCUGCCAUAUGGAAUAAUUUCACAGUAUACAGGAGGUUACAAACAUGCAUUGUGGGAGGCAGUCAGAGCAUCUGCAGCAGCACCAUCUUACUUUGAGGAGUUUAAACUAGGAGAAUAUUUACAUCAGGAUGGUGGUAUUCUCGUAAAUAAUCCAUGUGCUGUGGCUGUCCAUGAGGCACGACACCUGUGGCCUGGCUCUCCUAUUCAGUGCAUAAUUUCUUUUGGUACUGGCCGUUGUCAACCAGUUAUAGGAAUUCAAGAGGAAUCAUUGUCAUCAUCAUGGAAAACAAAGUUCUUGAAAAUUCUAGACAGUGCUACAGACACUGAAGCGGUUCACACAAUGUUGAAUGAUCUUCUGCCGGGAAAUGUGUAUUAUAGAUUCAAUCCAUAUUUAACAGAAAUGGUCUCUAUGGCUGAAAUAAAUCCAGCAAAAAUAGCACAGUUGGAAAUGGAUGCAGAGAUGUAUUUUCGACGAAAUGAAGAGACAUUCCAGGAGGCAGCUAAGGCACUUGUGGCAACAAAAACAUUUGGGCAAUGGUGCCAAGAUUGGAUUAAUUUAAAAAGAGAAUUAUUAGGUAUCAAGUAACAGUAUCCAAGAAAUUCCAUGGAAUAUGUGAUUAUAUCUCAGGUAGUGAACAUGAUCAAAUUAAUGUUUCCCACUUUGAAUUUAUUUAGCUAUUUCAAAUUAGUGUUCCACCUUAGGCAUUUAAUUUUUUUUAUUUUUGCCAUUAUGGCUUAGUUAAUUAAAUGUUCACUUUUUUUGGCUGCACGUAUAUUGUGUCAGUAAUUAAAGUAUCGCAUAUGCCAGCCUUCUUUUUAUAGUUGUGGUUUUUAUGCCUUAUUUUAUUACUAUUUCAAUGUUCGCCAUAGAGGCAUGCAGUGCCUCAGUUGACAACAUUUGUUGUCUUAAUCAGAAUAAGUCCUAAAGUAUUCUGCAUAGAACUAAAUUUAUAUGGUCAGUUCAGAGCUAAAAAAAAAACAAAAA